GGGGUGCGCGCGCGCGCGUGUGUGUGUGUGUAUGUGUGUAGCUACGUGCGCAUGUGUUUCCUUGGAAUAUAGUGAAGUUGUGUUCAGUCAUCCAUGUCAUGUAGCUUAACUUUCCAUUUUAGCAUAUUAAAACACUUGCCUAAAAACCAUGCAAUGAUUUGGUGUACUCUGCCUCUCCAUUUUCCACGCACUGAGAGAUAUAUAAGGGAUCCUGGAUGGACCUGGGUGAUAACAGCUGGUCCAUGGUCAAGCGCGAAGUGUCCAGCAGCAGCAGUCCAGGGUCUCCGGCUGAGCAGAGCUACCUGAACACUGACCGGAGAGACCAGCUGAGAUCACCGGCGCCGGCGCACCUGGACGCGUUGGGAACCCGACGCACCGAGGGCAGGCCCCUACACUCCUACGUUCACUUCGGGCAUCCCAGCAACGCCCUGCCCAGUUCAGACGACGUUACGCUCUUCACGGAUUUAGACCAGGCCAACAAACUCAUCAUCUCAGGUGGACACACCAGGGAGGCGCAUAAAGGAGGCCUUAUUGUGGACCCUACUGACAUGUAUCAGACGCUGGCCCUCGCCGCGGUCCAGAGCCAGGCCGGUUAUAACGACUCGCCAUCGGCCGGUUACAUGCACUCCAACCCUAAUUCUCCCGUAUACGUUCCGACUUCCCGAGUCGGGACUAUGUUACCGAACUUGUCAUACCUACAAUCCAGCGUGUCAUCGCAACCGAGCCAUGCGGUCAGCAGUCAUUCGGUCUGGACGCAAUCCGCCCCGGAGAGCCCGUCCUACAGUACUGGAAGCCCACACACCUCCAACCGGUUCCACUACUCGCCCAGUCCACCUAUGAAUAACGGCACAUCGAGGGAUACUGGCUAUACGAAUCCAUUGAAUGUAAACAGUCGAGACCAGUAUCUUUCACGACCAAUAAGUGGAUCUUAUAGUAGCCCGUAUCCUUCUUACGUUGCACCGCAGCUAUCACAGUUACCGACGGCGUGGCCAGCGGGGCCCUUCGAGAACUCCAUGCUUCAUUCCCUGCAAUCCAGAAGCGCACCACUGUCCAUCAGAGGUCCGAACGGAGAUUUGCUGGAGGACAUGAUGGAGAGCCGCGAGUGCGUCAACUGCGGCUCCAUUUCCACCCCGCUGUGGAGACGCGACGGCACGGGUCACUUUCUCUGUAACGCCUGCGGUCUGUACAGCAAAAUGAAUGGACUCAGCCGACCAUUAAUUAAACCUCAGAAGCGUAUGUCGUCUUCAAGGCGAGUAGGUCUGUCUUGCGCUAACUGCCAGACUAGCACUACAACACUGUGGCGCAGAAACGCGGACGGAGAGCCCGUGUGCAACGCGUGUGGACUUUACACAAAGUUACACGGGGUCCCUCGGCCCCUUGCCAUGAAGAAAGAAGGUAUACAAACAAGGAAAAGAAAACCCAAAACCUUGAACAAAACAAAGGGAUCAUCUGGAAAUAGUUCUGUCCCCAUGACUCCAACUUCCUCAUCGUCUUCUAAUUCAGAGGAGUGCACAAAAAACAGUCCUUCAUCAACGCAGGUGCCUGUAUCAUCAGUCAACUCUUCAACGCUGGUGGGCCAAGUCGAGGUUCCAGGCACGACAGGCUCCAUGGUGAAGUACCCCGGCCAGGAAAGUCUAUAUACGAAUGUUGGCCUGACGUCCACAGCUGACGUGGCAGCCUCUGUGAGAGGGGACACUUGGUGCCCUAUGGCCUUGGCCUAAACCCUGGCAUUAUGGGAUGGGAUCCUUGUGGCGUCCUUCAGCUCUCUAAAACGCCCCUUUGGUGUUGUGCGUAAAAUGGCCGGUCCUGGCAGGGUGUUUGGUUGUCAUCCGUUUAUGGUCUGUGUUCGUGAUCUUGAGCAGAGGCCUUAUCUGUUCCAAAUACUCCAGUUUUUUAAUCACCCGUGGAAUACUUUGACUGGACGUUCAAAAUGGAGAUCAUCUGUGGUACUCUGCACUAGAGGACAACACUUGAGAGAGUCUGAUUUAAUACGCCUUGGUAUGGUUUGGUCUGGUACUUUCAGAGCACACCCCGCACCGAGUGUUGCUCAGAGGAGUAAGUGGAUCAAAAAAUUAUUUUUUGUAAAUAAAUUUGUAUAUAGUAAUGCUAACAGACACUUUGCUCAUAUGGAAAGACGAGGUUGUUGAUUGGGAUUGUGGUGAAGAGAGGAAAAAAAAGAGGUUGAUCUUUUCUGAAACUGGAAUUGAAGAUAAAGUGCCAAAUACUCCUCCUUACUGAUGAAUGCAAACCUAUUUAUGAAGCUACGGUUGUUAAAAUAAUGCAUAUAUUUGUCAAUAAAGAUAAUGUCAAAUAGAGUAGGAUUGAAGCCUUGCCCUUCUUGUAAGUCUUGUUUCAAUGAUGUUGUCGCAGUGUGAUUUCACUCACUUAACUGCACACCUAAAAAAAGAAGAAAGAAAAAAAAAAGCUCUUAUGUGAUGGUUUAAAACAGGGUAUCAAAGAUCACAGGAACUCAUACAAGGCUUGUAUGUUUUGUAUGAUUUCACAUUUUUCUAGAUAUCACUCUCAAAUUAUAAUGAUCUAAUCAAGCAAAUUCGUAAUGAAGAAAAUCGUUCUUAACAGAUUUUGUGUAAACUGUUCUGGAAGUGCAAACCUAAAUGGCGAAAUCGGAAUGGUGUAAAUAGUCUGUUAGAACAAACAGCAUUCAGGAUUUCUUUUCUGAUGCAUACUUUGUUACAAUACAAAACUGCAAAAAAGAAAAAAAAAAAGGUUUUGCUGCAGUAUGUUUGGAUGUAAGACUACCUAACUUAUGACAUUGAAGUGCAAAUGUCAAUGCGUAUUACUUGCUGUUUAUUUUUAUUUUUUUACUUUCAGUUUGAUACACUUCUCUAGUCACUACUUUCGCUGAUGGAGGGGCAAUUUAUAUUUUGGAUCUUGCUUUCACAAUUUAUCAAAUGAUUUAGAGAAAAAUUUGUGUCAUAAUCAACCAGUCGUGAAAGUACGUUUCUUGUGAGUUACCAUUUAAGCCACAAACAUAAUGCACAAUGACAGUAAAUAAAUGGCAAUCCAAACAGCUUAAUUCACUCGUGAAUGAGUUCAGUCUCAAGUGGUUUUCAAAUGCAUGAUUUACCACCUCUGUUCUGUUAAACAGUUAACCAACAACAAGUUUCCCAUGUAAACAUCCUAUAUGGCUUUUAAAUGGGCUUAAAGGAGCACCAGUGGUGCCUUCUUCUAAGAUGUCCUAGGAGAACCAGAUUAAUUCCACAACAGAGAAAGAAAUGACAAUUUUAUGGACAAUUUUACAAGCUUUUGUGUCACAAGGACACUGUGUGAACAACACAAGAAACAUUUUGCUCUAGUUGUGAUUCCCCACCUUUAUAACCUCUAAGAACUAUUUAUUUCUGCAAUGUAGUGUGUUUAAUAGAGGUGUUUGUUUAUUUUAUUUGAAUUAACGUAUUUGUAUUUUAUGGUUGUGUUUUCUUGGCAUAAGUUUGAUUCUAAAAUUACUCUGGGCUAGUACAGACACAGAUUUAUGAUUCAUUUGUUUUUUUCUUUUUUCUUUGACAAUAUUUAACGCAUAUGUCAAAACUGCAAGGUAUGUUUUUUUGUUUGUUUGUUUUUAUAUUUUGCGUUUAAUGGUAUGAGUGGUUCUACGUAAUCUUCACAUAAAUGUUUAUCACGUUAUGAACCACUGGACACAAUUGUAAUUACCAUAAAUAUAACGAACAUUAUGCUUUUCCCUUAAAUUUUCCCUUGAAUUUUACAUCAGUCAUCAUCUGUUAUGUUGAGUGUUAUAAAACCAUUGACUCUCCCUUCUGUUUUCCAGUGUACAGAGUAUUGAGAAGGACGUCAUUGUUAGGUAUAUUUUGUUGAAAACUAUGCGAGCUAAAUUCUGUUUGUUCAGAUUAGUUCAUUAACACUGGAAUAAUAAAUAAGAGCCAUAACUAAACCAGUUGUGUUUUUCCUGACCUUAAUUUCCCUUGAAAGGUAUAAAAUCUCAAAUAAUACACAAGUUUUAACAGUAGAAUUAUUUUAAGUGCUUUUUUAAAAUGAUAAGCUUCACGUGUCUGCCUUUAAAUCCUCAGAAAAAUUUGCCCCAUUCACUUCCAUUGUAAGUGCCUCACUGUAACCUAAAUUUUUGCUUCUUCUUUUUUUAAAUGAUUUUUUAAGAAAAGGAGGCAUGAGUCGAAAUUCAUUUUUGUGGUAAUCAACAUUAGGCUACAAAUGCAGUCGAUUGAGUUGAACUUGUAUUGAAAUCAGAAUAUUUCUUUAAUAAAGCAAUUAAAACAUAAAA